UAAUCUAGUACAAUAUUAUGUGAAUAUCAUUUUCUUUGGCGUCAAAGGGUUAUAAUUUCAUGCCUCUAUGUUUUGAAUAAGGUUAUGUUAUGUAUAUGUUGUGUCAGUCAACGUCUUAUUGUUGUUAUCAACUUCAAAGUACGGUUACAUUGUCCACUUAACUGUGAUGGAGCUGCGGUGUUCGCUUCAAAUGUACGAGUGGGGGAAGGUGGGUGAGAACAGUGAAGCAGCUCUGUUGGCUCGGGCGAACAAUCCCAGCCUGCAGAUACAGGAUCUCACGCCAUACGCAGAGUUGUGGAUGGGCACUCACCCCAAUGGUCCGUCACGACUCGCCAGCACCGGUGAGAACCUGCAUGAGUGGAUCCAGCAGAACCCCCAAGUCCUUGGUGAACCUGUGCGACAACGGUUUGGUGUCCAGUUACCUUUUUUGUUCAAAGUGCUGUCAGUCAAUAAGGCUCUGUCAAUCCAAGUACAUCCAUCGAAGAUCCAAGCCGAGGAGCUGCACCGUCUGCUGCCUGAUAUCUACAAGGACCCCAACCACAAACCAGAAAUGGCGCUGGCUCUCUCUCCAUUCGAGGCUCUCUGUGGCUUCCGUCCUCUUGACCAAAUCAAGCAUUUCUUAAACACGGUCCCAGAGCUGAGGAGUUGUGUAGGUCAGGAGAAUGUGGAAACUCUGUUGUCCUGUAGUGAGGACACCCAGCAGGAGGUCCUGGGACAGUGUUUCCAGUCUCUGAUGACCAGAGGUGAUGAUAUCAUUACCACUGCCUUGACAUCACUUCUUAACAGGAUCUCAUCCCUUGAUGAAUCGUCCAGAGGGAUGCACCUGGCAGAUCUGGUGGAGAGGCUCCACUCCCAGUUCCCUGGUGAUGUGGGAGUGUUUGGACCGUACCUGUUCAAUCACGUCACUCUGCAGCCUGGCGAGUCACUCUAUCUAGCUGCCAAUGAGCCUCAUGCUUAUCUCUCAGGAGACUGUGUGGAGUGCAUGGCGUGUUCAGACAACACAGUGCGUGCAGGUCUCACGCCCAAGCUGAAAGAUGUCCCAACAUUGUGUAGUCUGCUCUCUUACAUCUGUGAGCCAGCCAGUUCCAAACUGUUUGUGGGGACCGAUGAGGACGAGUUUACUACAAUUUUCCGACCCCCUGUGCCUGACUUUGCAGUUGUCAAGAUAACUGUUCCAGAGGGCCGAACUUACACCAUGACUCCUCGCCCGUCAGCCUCAAUAGCGAUUGUGACCCAGGGCUGUGCCACAUCACCUACUCUUCCCCUGCACAGAGGCUCUGUCUUCUUCCUGCCAGCAGACGACUCUGUACAGUUCACAGUCACAUCUACCGAGCCUCUCCUACUCUUCCAAGCAAUGGCUAACGUUUAAACUUGUAUCGUUUAGGGUUUUAAAUGGGUCCAAUUUACCACUAAGAGAGUAGUGAAAGCAUUUUCAUCCAUGAAUUUAUAAUUGUCUUGGUCUAUUUUUAGCAGCAUUUCUUAACAUUAAUGUUUAGAUUUUUUAAUACUGUAGAAGUUACAUUAAAAAAAAUACUAAUACAAGGCAGUAAAUUAGUUUAACUAUAAAUGGGCUCAAAAUAAACUUUGACUGCUUGAUCUAAUGUGUAGACUUUUAAGUCCGUGUUAAAGAUUGUGUAAGGUCAAAAUUCAAGAUUGCUAGGACAGGAGAUAGCAAAUCUCAUUGGUUGUUGGACAAGGAAGAGCCGAACCCGAAUUUAUUAACUGUAGUUGACGUAAUUACUAUUGUUAUAUUUCAUAUGAUAAACUGCUACGCAUUUACUAUAUUUUUUUAAUUUGUAUCGUUAUUAUGUAUGAGGACAAUUAAGAUAUCACAUCAGUCCUGUACAGAUAUAGUUUGUUGCAGCUCUGUAUGAUCUAGCUCAAAAGGUUAGGUAUACGGUUACUGCAUACCAAGUGUAUUUCAAACCUGAAUGUUUAAAAACAUUUUAAUUCAUGAACUGUUUGUGAAAUGGUACUAUUUUCCAGCUUUUCUGGGAACAAAGGUUUGAAAGAUGGAGUUGAUAAGUUUUAUUGUAGUAUUCAAAGAAUGAUUUUAUGUCUCCAUGUUCCCAGGCAAUUUAUAGAGAAGCAUUUAAAGCUCGAAUUUGUUUUUCAAACAAAUAUAUUUGUACAAUAUAGGUUGCUUGUACAAUUAAUUUUAAUUGUACAAAUUUAAAAAAUGAAAAACUUGGAUAUGUGUUAAACGGACAACACAACUAGGUGGGUGGUGGAAAUUUAAAAAUUUAGUUUUUUUGUUUGUUCUCUUAGUACAAGAAGCUUAAAAACUGCAGUCCUUUAAAGACUUUUUGUGCUGGUUCCAAAGUGAUAGGAUAUUCUCGAUAGGGUAGGGGCUGCCUCCUGUUAAUAUCCAUGAAGAAGAAUUUAUGGGACUAGUCUCCAAGUCAUGUUCCCUCAGAAGAAGGGGAAGACAGCUCUAAACCAGCUUCUCCACUUGAAGUAUGUAGGGGAUGGCACACAAUUAAGUCUAGGCUGGCUAGAACCUUUGACUCUAAGAGAACGAACACCAACUCCAACCGUCAUCUCCCGCAGUAGAAUAGACCUACUGAAUUAUCCUUGCACCCCAGAAUCUCAACAUUAGCGGUUAGUGAUGUGCUGCUCCUGGCCAUGCAUCAGAUUUAAGUGACACAUCAGUGUUUUCUGUACCCAGUGUGGGUUCAAUUGGAAGGUAUAAAUUAGCCAGAAGUAAAACCUCCAAGAAAAAAAUCUAUGGUUUAGUGUUGUUUUAAGAACUUAACAAGACUGCAAAAAGCAUUACAUUUAAAAAAGUAUUUAAUACAAAUUCAAACAGGAUGCAUCUCUUAACGCUUACAGGGUUAAUUUAGUUACAUCCAGAUUCCAAUCUCAUAGGAUCUAAAGAGUUCAUGGAUACCAUCUGUCAUAUAAAAAAUCAUUAUUAAACAUAUAUUUUUUAAAUGUGUUGAAGAGUGUGAUGUCGUGUGAAUUUUAAGUGAACUAUCUGUACACUCAUUACAUCGUCAGGAUGGCUGUGUGGUUUAAGGCGCUACUCUUAGACGCGGAAGUUGGCCUUGGAGUCGCAGGUUCGAUUUCCAUGCCUUAAAUUAGGAUUUUUGCGGUCUGGUGUGCACCUAUAAGAGUCUCUCUUCUGUGGUAAAGCUGGUUGGAGGGCCUACCUUAAAUUAGUGUUCGGCUUGGCCACACGAAUUAUAUCAACCAAUAUACAUGAGAGGAUCGUUAUAAUAUUAAAAAUCAUGGGAGAUGUAACCUCAACUCCCAACCCUAAAAUGAGGAUUGGAGGGAUAAGUUAAAAUGUUUAAAUAUAAACCUCCAUGGAGUUACAUCUCAUUUCAAAAGUGCUUGAAAAAGAAAGCAGUGACGCAAACCAAAGGUGUUCUUUAUCUCACUCCAGUACAAAAUGGUAGCCUAUCAAAAUUGUAAUUUAAAAAGCACGCUAAAAUUCAAUACUUUUGUUUUUAAAUUUACAAAAGUUUAAGGUAAAAUUGUAAUUUUUUUCGAGUUGAUUUAUUGUAAUGUUAUUUAAAAAUUACUCAAUAAUCAACCAAAAAGUUGUUAACACAAGUAUUGAUUUUUAGUGUAAGAAGUUUUAACGGACCACAACUUUGUGUACUGUAUUACAUUACUCAACAUUACAUUUCAAACAUUACUCUAGUUUGCUGCAUUAUUCUUCUUGUGUCUUCUAAGUGUAAUUUAACUGAAUUAUUUAAUCAUUUAAAUAUAACCUGGGGUCACAAGUUAGAUUGUAUAAUUAUCUGUGAUAAAAAAUGUUUUUAUAAAGGGUAUACAUGUUUUUUUUUUUAAUUAAAAUUCAUCACGCAAAAUUAAAAUGUCAAUAAUUUGCUAUAUAUUUAUAUGUAUUAUGGGAUACAUAUACAAAAAUACGUUCAAUUCAGUAAAAAGGGUUUCUUUUUUAAUCUACAAUAUAUUUAGAAUUCCUGCCUUUUCUCAAAUCACUGUUUUAUCCCAAGAGCAAUAAAAAAAAAAAAUAAGUUGUGGAAUCCCAUUCCAGGUUAUUUUGCAUAGUUUCUCUGUGUAACUAUACUUUUAUACACUAUAAGACUGUUAUUUCCCCAUCAUAUUUAUUAUAUUCAGAAACGUACCGCACAAAAUAAAAGUAAUGUACAAUAUUUUAGGAGUUAUGUUAAAAUAUUCAUUUAUUUAUGUUAGAUAAAAAGUUGAGUAUUUUGUAAAAACAUGAUAUUUAAUAAAUUAUUGUAAUGCUGCAUUUACUCGCAUCACUAAACAUAAAUCCGAAAGCUUGUGAAUCCUUCAGCAUUCCUGAGUUCAGAGCGAGAACAAUCCGUCUGCACAUCUCAUUCUACUUCAUUGUAAAAGUAAAUGCAAUAGGAUCACCACACUUGUAGCCUCUAAUAAAACUCCAUCAGGAAUUCUUGACUGAUGGCUGCAAUCCCCUUAUAUAAGCAAUAUUUUCAUGGAAGUGAUUAUUUUUGUUAUAUUGGUCACGUAAUUUUGAUUAGUGUCUUUAUGCAUUUGUUUGAACGGUUUCCUUUCAAGUACUUGUUCAAUAGAUUUUUACAUAGUAUAAAAUUUUUUGAAAUUGUUCAUUUAAUGUCCGGCUGAUAAUGUGUUUGUUUAUGUUAAACGUCCACUGAAUUGUAUUUAUUUUAUUUAAAGAUUCUAAUUUUAUGUAAAACAAAAUUUAAUGUCUGAUACAACACUAAUAAGGAAUAUUCUUUUUAAAUUCCAUAUUUUAGGCAUAGGAUAGUGUGAUCUACUCACAUUGGCAUAUAAAGAUUACUCCAAUUUUUUAAUCCUAACAAAUUAAAACAUUAUUUUAACGUCUUUUGAUAAAAGGUUUCUUAAUCUCACAUAGACUCAGUGAAGGAACCUUUGUUGAAAGGUUUCUUGUUGAAUAUUUUCUGCAAGGGUGUAUAUUAAUAUGUAUAUAUAUACAGGGUAUAUAUUAAACACGGUUUUUUCUCUAAUAUUCAUAAGGUUAAGUGUAGUUAGAAUAGUUUUUUAGACAUUCUGUCCACACCUCAGAAGACUGAAGGUUAAGUUUGAUAUUAUUUACAUAACGUAAAGUUAAUGUAUAAAUAUUUAUAACAAAAUAUAUUUCUAGUGAAAACAUAUUGUAUAAUAUCACAUUAAAAUAAUGUUGUUUUGAUUGUUUUUAUAAGAAAUUAUUAUUUAUUUUUAUUGACACAUAAAUUUAACCUUGAGUUUAAGUAAGUUUAAAAGUUAUGAAAAUACUGUAAGUAUAUUCAUCACAUUUUUAACUUUUAUAAUUGUAAUAUUUGGAAUGAAAGAUUUAAUUUUUAUGUUUUAUAUUUCUUGUAUUUGUGACAUAUGACUGUAAUUAUGUAUUGUGUUAAAAAUUGCAGCAAGCAUUUCAAUAUAAUUUAUAAUAAUUUUUAUGUUUAGUAAAUCCUGGUUAUAUUAAAUUUAUCAUCAGAUACAAAAUCGAGGGCAUAAAUUUGC